AUGUCAGGUCACUUCCCUAUGGAGGAGAAACUGCAGAAGGUCAUGUCGGCCACAGAGGGCGCAGUGGUAACCCCUUUUGAGUCACCACAGGAUUCACCUCCAGAUUCACACUCAGAAUUAUCAGACGAUGACUCGGGCAUUGCCCACGAGCCUAUCCAGGAACGAUAUGAAAACCCGUCAUACUCUCGUUUCCGACGCGUGGCUUCGAAAACAGUCGUGUCGUUUGGGCCCAACGAUCCGGAGAAUCCGGUGAAUUGGAGACAGACAAGAAAGGUCUUGGUACUCCUUGCGGGUGUCAUGCAAGUCAUGAAUAGCACAAUCGGCUCAUCCAUCUGCAGUAAUGCUAUUCCGCAAAUUGCUGAAGAAUUCAACAUCACCAACCAGCAGAUGCUGGUGCUGCCCAUCUCGAUUUUCCUAAUUGGUUACAUCCUGGGCCCUUUGCUGUGGGGCCCCAGUUCUGAGUACUUUGGACGCCGGCGUCCUUUACUUAUUGCGUUUAUCGGAUUUAUGAUCUUCACGCUGGCAUGCGCGGUGGCUAACUCCUAUGCAUCGCUGUUAAUAUUUCGGCUUCUCAACGGCAUGAUGGCAUCUGCACCAAUCGCUACUACGGGCGGACUAUUUGCUGAUGUUCACGACGAUCCAACCCUACGAGGUCGCCUCAUGGCUUAUUAUAUGGCUUGUACUACCUUUGGCCCCAUAAUGGGCCCUUGGAUCUCCGGAUUUGUUGCUGUCGUCAGUUGGCGGUGGUGUUUCUGGAUUGGACUCAUUUGCUCCGGCGCAACCUUGCCUCUGGUUAUCUUCAUGCCCGAAACAUAUGGGCCCGUCGUUCUGACGCGCCGUGCGAAGAAGCUGCGAAAAGAGACUGGAAACUCGAAUAUCGUGUCACCUUUAGAGCUUGAGAGCCGGGACCUUCGCAGAAUGUUCCUCGUCACGAUCUCCAGGCCCUUCCGCAUGAUCUUUCACGAGUCCAUUGUUUCCUUGAGCUCAUUAUACUUGGCGCUGGCCUACGCAAUCUUUUAUCUGUACUUCGAGGCAUAUCCAAUCAUCUUUCAAGGCAUCUACGGCAUGAAUGCUGGCAUAUCUGGUCUCAUGUUCCUGCCCAUUGGCGUAGGCGCAGUCCUUGCCUGUGCGGUCUUCAUUUGGUACGAUGGUUUCUUCGCCCGGGCAAAAGCUCGUCAAGCCAGCUGGGCAAAUAUUGAAGAGUAUCGGCGACUUCCACUUGCGUGUAUAGGAGGCCCAUUGUAUGUCAUCGCCCUUUUCUGGGUGGGCUGGACCGCCUCUCCCAACAUCCAUUGGGUGGUGCCCUUCCUAUCGGGUAUUCCGUUUGGAAUGGGGUAUUUAUUGAUUUUCAUGGCAAUGCUCAACUACCUCACUGAUGCCUACGAAACGUUAUCUGCCAGUGCUCAGUCGGCCGCCAGCUGCACGCGUAGCAUUCUAGGUGCAGUGCUACCUCUUGCCACUAAGCCCAUGUUCGACAAACUGGGUGUCCACUGGGCGUGCAGUCUGAUCGCAUUCCUAAGCCUGGGUGUUUCUGUCAUUCCAUUUGCUUUCAUUCGGUACGGUGAUAGUAUCAGAAGCAACAGCAAGUUCUGUCAAGAUUUGAAGCGCAUCAAGGAAGAGGAGCGCCUAGAACUCGAGAGACAGGAACGCUUGCAAAAUGAGACCGGCAACCUGGAUAUUGUCCCAUCCGCAACCAGUGGUCAGAUUUCGAGAAUCGAAACCGCACGCAGUCAUGCGGAGAAGGCGUCCAUAAUUUGUUAA